CUGUUUAACAUUUUAGCUCCAAUGUUUCCCUGGCGGAUCAUUGCAGUGAUUCUGGGGAUCCUCUGCUUUGUGUCACUGGGAGCAGCAGUGGCCUUGGCUGUCAAGGGUCACUUCUCUCCAGGCUGCCCUGAUCAGUGGGUGGCUUACAGACACAGCUGUUACUUAUUCUCCAGAAAAAAAAAGGAUUGGCAUUCAAGCCAGGAAUCCUGUUCUGCAAAAGGAUCACAUCUACUGGUGAUCAGUGAUGCCCAGGAGAUGGACCUGUUUGCGGUGAGCCAGACAGAAGCCCACUGGAUUGGAUUGAGGAACAGCACUGGCUCUGGGUGGGCCUGGGAAGAUGGCUCAGGAGUCAGUGAUAUGAAGGUAAUCUCUAACAGCCCUGUGCAGCGCUGUGUCGUCCUAUUGAAUGGUUCUCUCCGGGCUUCCAGCUGUGAAAUUCCCUCACAAUGGAUAUGUGAGAAAGACCUGAAGUAAUCUCCUGCUACACUUUCCUAGAAAAUGUCCAUUGUUCAUGCUUGCAGGAUCCUGAUCACCCAGCAAGGACACCCCUAAAGCUUUUUUACAGUGGAAAAAAUCUGCUGGUACUUCAAAGGGGUUAUCAGCCGGGAUUGCCAUGAUUCCAGAAAUCAUAUAGGUAUUUGAAUGGAAUUAUACCUGAGCCCCUAGGAAGAGCAGCAUUGUUUUGGUGUACAAGAAGGCAAAUUCCUCAUAAAUGAAAAUGUUACUGAUGUUUGUAUUCCUGCUCUUUAACUUGAUUGUAUUGUAAGACUACUAGAAAUAGAAAAAAAGCAAAAGCUGAUUUUAUGAU